AUGGCUCCCUUUUGCGACAGAGACAGGUCGCCUACGAAAAAGGUACCGGUUCUGGGCGACAUGGAUAUGAUGUCCUACAGUCUGCACAGAGCUUCUUCAGAUUUAGAAGAAGCAAAGUACAAGGGUGUCGAACACGAUGAGCAUCCCAGCCCCAACUGCUCUGAAGCAAAGUCCCCUUCGCAGAAACGAACGGCCCUCCACGUCGUCCAAAUCAUGGCGCUCUUCGCCAUAGCACUCGUCCUAGGGUUCGUUAUCGGAGAGGCAAAGACGCCGCAGCCGCAAUGGAAAGGCGGCCUUCUAUGUAAAGUUCUUUCAACAUACUCCAACUUGUCUGACACUGACCAUGUCACCGUGGGUUUCACAGUACCAGCAGGAACGGUCCACACGGCAUUCUACCAUAAUCUGACCUUUACACAGCGACCAGAUGCAGUGGCAGAGCAGGCUUGGAGUGAUCUUAUACCAGUUGGCCGCGGCUUUGUGCUGCAUCCUGAGCUUGCCCCCGCCGUCUCAGCCCUCACCAUCUUCCACCAACUGCAUUGCCUGGUUUGUUACCUCCAUCUCUCUAUUCUCUCCCCCUUCCCGUUCACCACUAUACAAAACUCACACCCUCUCAUCCAGCACGCAAUCCUCGCCGCCUACUACGCUGCAACCGAAGCCGCCGACCCAGCCCUCCGACCAGCCUUCAAGGCCGACGCCGACGACCCCCUGCUCAACAACACGGGCAUCCUCAUGGAACCUAGCCACGUACGGCAUUGCUUCGACUACCUCCGGCAGACGAUCAUGUGCGCCGCGGAUACGAACCUCGAGGUACUGGACCGGGACACGCGAGCGACCGACGGGUGGGGGCAGGAACGUGUUUGCCGCGACUACCAGAGUGUGUUUGACUGGGCGGACAAAUGGGCGGAUCCGUUGGGUCGCAGCCGAGGGGUGGUUUCUUAG